GCUCACAAAUACGCUUAUAAAAAAUGUCUAUGCUCCAGCUUUUAGUUUAUGUAUUGAUCUUCAGUCGAUUUAAUAGAUAAACUCUCACCUUGUCCAGACAUUUAUAGCUUUUGUGUUUAUGUUAGCAAUGGGAUUUGACACCUUUAUUCAUCACACACAGAGACACAUCUACCAGCUACAUACCGCCACAAUGUGCUCCGCCACCCAUUUGUUGAGACCAAGAUGAUAUGAAAUAAAUUUUACAGUUCAUCCGUAAAGCUAUGACGGAUGAACAUAGCUUUACGGAUGCGUUAAUCAUCUAAUGCGCAGCCGGCCGCCGUGUACAGUCUAUCCGGAUAAAUACACCUGCAGUACUCUUCCCUACCACCAGGCAGCAGCUCCAGGAGGAGAAAAGCUGCUGUACUCCAGGCAUUGCGCCAGUCGUUUUAAGGAUGUUUAUUGGUACCCCAAAUACGACAAAACCCAGACAUUAUCAUGAAUCAAUAAAAUCUUCCCAGGCCAAACUUGAAAACUGGACGUUAUGCUGCUAACACUUAGCUUUCGUUAACAACUCAGGCAGAAGUGAGAGUAUUGUGCAACACAAGUAAUAACCCGACCGGAACACGGUUCAUUAAAUAAUGAAACAUAAAUUAACGAAGCUUCGAGGCAGAUAAAUUUUCCUCGAGGGAUUUUAAUAAUCGAGGUACUCGAAUCACUCGAGGAAUCGUUUUAGCUAUUCCAGUUUCUGCUGGACUGUUUAAUGCUAAAGGUGGAACAAAAGAACGUGUUUGUUCACCAGAUGGAUGUAAAGACAGCAUAUCUACAUGCCCCAAUAGAGUAUGAACUUUAUAUUUAUCAACUAGAGGGCUAUAAGUGGGAAUCUCAGGAAAUUGAAAGACUUGUGUAUAAACUGCAAAAAUCUCUGUACGGACUUAAUACUCUGAUGCUUGUGUUACAUUAGCAGUUGGUAAAAAGGUUUCACAACAAUUGUUAUUAACAGCAUUUUAAUGUCAUAAGUAUUAUUAGAGUUGUAGUCCUGUUAUUUAUUACAUUUCUUCAUUAGUGCAGAGCCUUAAUAAUUAUGCAAGUGAUAAAAUGUAGCAGGUCUCAGGUACUUACUAUGCAGAACAUUACUGCUUUUUUUAAUCAAUAUUCUUUUUGUACUGUAAAACAAGCUGGCAUUAGUUCAAUAGGUCAUCUACACUGUAAAACAUUUUAGCAGCAUUUAGUUGUGUCUACUAUCUUCUAUUCUUUAAGUCAAAUAAAAUUAGCGAGUUUUAGAUUUUGAACCUAAAUGUGAGUUUGUCAAAGAUGCAUUUACAGUAGCAAGUUGUUAACUUUUUUAAAAUUAAUUUAGUCAAACCUUUAAGAGUUGAAAAGACUAGAGUUUUUAGAAGAAAAAGAUAGGAGUGGGAACUACACUUCAGAGUGUGCUUAGCAGCAUGUUUUUGUAUCCUGUGUUGCACCAUGAGUGAGAUGGAAGUGAUCUGACCUGUGUUAUUAAGGCAAAUGAGUUGUGGCCGCAAUGUUGUCGGUGCCCAUCAUAGCAGCAACCCUCAAACCCGUUGGUGGACACCAUUGUUUCGGGAUGCUGUCAGGCUGAAGAAGGAGUCCUGUCGGGCCUUUUUGGCCUGUGGGACCCCUGCUUCUGGGGCACACAUUUCAGCAGGUUCGGGAGGGUAGUGCUAUAACGAGCACUGCCCUCUCGAGCAACUAUAGAUUGCUAGUCUCAAGUCUGUCAGGUACCUUUUCUAGCACCUCAUUUAAAGGAUUUUAAAUCAUGCCCAGAUUGUUUGCAGUUGUUUGUUAGACAUGGCUCGGAUCACAUUCAGUGAUAAGGAUAUGUUUCCUUAUGGAAACAUAUUGUGGUUUAUGUUUUGUGUUUUUCUUCUGUAGGCAUCCACUAAUGGCUACCUGUGAAGACUCUCAUCUGAAGUUCAUAGAAACAACUGACAAUUCUUUUUACUUUGAAGAGACCAGUUCUACUUCAUGUGAAACAGAGCUUCAUUCAGAUGCUUUCAGGAGAUGUGAGCCUCCAAUAUCAAGGUGGAUCCAAAGCAAGGACCAAAAGUUUCUUGUUUUGAAAACUUCGGGAAAAUUUGAAUUCGAGGACAGAACAGUCCAUGAUCGAGGACAGCCUGAUUGCACUUUUGAAAUCCAGAUUUAUCAGGACUCAUUACUUAACAACUAUCAGUCAGUCAUGCUCUACGUCUGUGCUGAUGAUGAGAAAAUGAUGAUAUCCUGCAAAGAUAACAAGGAAGUGUGCCCAGAGCCCAUGGAUCCUGAAGUCCCGAAGAUGAUUAAAGCAGCGGCACACAAGGCUCUGUUCAGGUGGAACUGUAUCUCCACUGGCAAAUACAAGUUUGAAUCCACCAUGUACCCAGGCUACUUCCUGGGAUUCGAGCGUGAGGAGGACAUGCCUUGCAUGCAUAAACUAAUUCUGCGUCAGGGAUCCAUGGAUGAAGUGGAUGAGCGUAGCAUUUUCUGUGUAAAUAAAUGCAGUUCAUAAUUAUUUUUCUUGGGAAAAUACAACAUUCACUAGCCACUUUAUUAAAUGGAUAGUGAGUUUCUUUCUUUCUUCUGCUACUAUUAACAUUAUUUGUAGAUUAUUAUGUUGCUGUCAUUGCUAUGACCAUUAGUUGUUUAUUUGAUUUGUUUGUGAUAUAACUAAGUUUAUGUACGUAUAUUAUUUAGUAUACAUAAGAAAGAAGUUAGUAAUUAUUCUGAUGCUGUAUUAUCAGAAUAUAAUUACAAUUAUAUUGUUAUUUAUAAUUGUAAUUAUUAUUAUUAUGAAUUAGCAAAUAUGCUUGUUCUCUUAUGAGUCAUUUUGUAAUAAUUUUGUUUUUAUGUACUAUAAUCCAUUUGUUGGUUCUUUUGAAUAGGAAUAUGAAUACCAUGUUUUAAAUGACUCAUUAUCGAUAAUUACUGAGUCUAUAAGUGAUAUAUUUAGAUUGAGAUGAAGGCCAGGAUUAAAUAAAUGUUUGCUAUUUUGUUCUUGGCUUUGUAUGCUUAUGUUUUCUCUUGUUCUACUGAUGAUUUGUUUUCUAAAACCUGUUUGAAACGUACAUAAUGUACCUGUUUGUACAUAAGUACAAAUAAAAUCCGAUUGUAGCUUUUGAUUUGGGAAAUGGCUAAAGGCGAUUAUAACAGAGGCCCAGAUGUAUUUUCUGAACAUUUUCUGUCCAGAUUUUUAUUGAACAAUAUAAUAGCUGAAUAACGACGGCUGUUCGUCACCAAGCAACCAAAAUCAACAGAAGGCAAGAUAGUGGCAAAAGACAAAACGAGAUCCUGUUUAGCAUUCUUCAAAAUAAAAGACUUCCUCUCUCCAAAAUAAAUCAUGCUUUUAAUUUUUCAUGUCACCUUUUUGUAAUUAUGUACAAUCAAGUUAAAUUCAGCUAAUAAUAAUAAUCAUGUAAAUUAUGCUUAACAUAUGACUAUAAAUAAGUAACUAAUUAUGGAAAUUAUACAUAUAAGUGUUAAGAAAUCAUCUGUUCUGCUUUAAAAACGAACAUACAUCGACACUUCAAAUCUGGACUAGAUUAUUCUAUGCCAGUAGCAGAAUAUUUCAAACCUAGUGUGUGAUUUGGGAAACCUUAAUUUGAAACUUCAGUAAUGAGAGAUUUAAAAACAUUUUCACAUCUGAAAUGCAUUAGAAAUGAACACCUAACAUAUUUUCAAUAUCUGCUAUUAUUUUAAUCUUCUGUUUUCUUUCAUUUUUUGUCCUAGAACGCCUGCCUUUCUGUUUGGUUGUUGUGGCUUACAGGGAUGCAUCAGCCGAGAUAAUAAAGUCAACAACUUUUCAGAUUCAGAUUUAUCAUCAUGCAAUAUAACAUCAGAGAUGAAUAGUAUAUUCCAUAUUGGAAUGUCUGUUAGCUUUUAUAGAUUAAAGAUGCUACCCAUUUCCUUAACUGGUUGCAUCAAUAUUAUAAAAAUGAAUACUGAACAAAAAUAUAAACGCCCCAUGUCAAAUAUUGUUGCCAUGUUGUUGGUUUGCGAUCCAAAAUCAGACAAGUCCAGUCAUUAUAGAGCUCUAAAACUUUUCUUUAUAUCAGUUCCUUCUUGCACAUUACACUACCAUUUUCACACUGACAAACAUUCCAAACAAGAGGGAGCCACCCUUCUGAUUCAAACCACCUGGCUUUUAAAGCAUGGCCAGGACUAAUUAAGGGGCGGAGACAACAAUUACAUUUCCAGGUAAACGAAAGAACAAACAUUUGUGCUAAACAAUAUUCCUAAACAAAUAUUCACAGAAUUACAACUAACAAUUUAACAAAAACAAAAAUAAACUGGGACCAAACAAAAAAUAAAACAAACAUCUCUCCUCCUUCUCAAACAAUGGACCUUCCCAGUAAGGUAAAUUGGAAACACCAGGUCCUAGGCAUCACUGCUCAUGGGUGCGCCUCCAUGGCAGCACAUGACCUCAAAGGAAAGAGAGGAUGAUCAAAACAAAAUGUUAAAUAAAGCAACAAUACAGGAAGCACAAAAAAACAACAACACCUGUUGAGGGGGAUAAAUCCCUCACACAUGUGGAGUUAACAUCUGUAAAUGAGCAUUUGCUGACAUUUUAUUGUACAAAAGUAAUAUUUCUCUUGAUUUGUGAAUAAUUUUUAAACCAACUUGCUUCUCAGAGAGCAUUACUCAGUGAGAUGUGUUUUUUACUCAGCGCAUGGGUGGGGCAUGUCCACUGGGCGAUCAGACAAAAUGAGCAAAAACUGGACAAUCCUUGGACUAGACAAUAAAAUUUCCACCCGAAAAUGUCAAAUUUUGUCACAAGUCAUAAUGCCUCAGAUGUCUCAAGUUAUGCAGGAGCAUGCCAUUGGCAUGUUGGAUGCAGGGACUUCCACCAGAGCAGUAGCUGCACGGUUCAAUGUCCAUAAUUGGACCAUUGGCCAUUUAAGAGUUGGUUUCCAACAGACUGGCACUACUGCAAAUCGACCUCAUCCUCGUCAGCCAUGUGUGACCACUCCAGCACAAGAUCGCCACAUCCGGCUCAUCCAUCUGCAGGAUCGGCUAAAUCCAGCGACACACACAGCUGAUGAUUCUAUUGGUCUGCACAACAGACGCAUCACACCUCAGACUGUCCGUAACCACCUAUGAGAAGCCAACUUGGUCAAAAUCAAAUUCCUCAACCUGACCCCUAUCAUGUUCAAAGGACUGUCAAUCCACUACAAAUGGGCAUACCACAAUGUUAUCAAUGCUGAUAUGAAGAUCAGUAAUUACUGAAAAUAUAUUUUGAGUUUCUCUACAUACUGUGAAACCCAAAUGAUCAUAAAAGUCUUAUAUAUGACAUAUUGCAUUUAUACUUUUGUUCAGUGUACUUUCUCUGAUUGAUAUUGAUACAAUGUUGUCAAACUGGGGGGUGGGUAACAAACACUGACAAUAAAAAAAAAACUCACCCCUU